AUGACGUCAACCACCGGCUCGAGAAUAUUGCAGAAUGGAUCGAAAUUAGCUGAGGGCGUCUCCACUCCGACCGAUUGUUUAGCCGAAAUUGCCCUGACCACCGACCUCGCCGUCACUGCUCGGAACUCCGACCUUGCCGUCUAUUGGAGUUUGAAAAAAUGGAGAUAUUUUUCUCCCCAAAAUAUCGCGCUUAGCUUCUUCACCGUCACUGCCGAAUCUUCCAGGUCCGCCAUCGAUGGAGUCUCAAAAGCUUCAGAGCCGGUCAACAAGGGAAUGUCGCAAUCCAUUCUUGGACCCGGCCCAGCAGGUAAGAAAUUCUCUUCUUUUAAUGUGGGCCUCAAUUCCAACUUAGCUUAUUUGGGACGAACAAAUCAGUCCGCCCAACAUAUUAAAACCGAUCAGCCAGUCCAUCUGUCUAUACCGACCCAGCCCAACAUCACUCCCAGUCCAAUUAAAUUGGGUCGUUCUAUCUCGCUCCCCUCUAAGAUUAACCGAAUUUCUAUUCAACCUCCUUUAUUUCCUAAACCGGUUCAUCAAUCCAAGCCACCCGGGCCCUCAAUCACACCUCUCGGCGAAAUCCCCGCACGACCAAACUCCUACCGUGAAGCUAUUGCGGGGGGUCCUAAAUCGUCUUCUAAUGCUCCCAAGUUCGGGAAAAUCGAGUCGGGCGAAGACAUCCCAACAGCCGUUUUUUCCCUCCCCGAGAGCAACACUUUGGCCGACGAACUCCGUUUCUCCCUUGUCGGCAAAUUCUCCUUUGGCCGACCCACUAAUGCCAUCAUCCGCUCCUAUCUCGCUAACAUUGGCCUUCCUUGCCAAGUUGUAUAUCUUAAUGCCCGCCACGUCCUUCUUUGUUUUGACAAUGCGAAAAUGUUCUCCAAACUAUGGAUAAAACGGGAAAUCACCAUCCAAGCUUGCCCAAUGAGACUUUUCAAAUGGAGCCCAAACUUUGAUUUUAAAAUUGAACCUACUAUCGUCCCAAUCUGGCUAAAAAUCUCUACUCUGCCCAUUCAUCUUUUCGACAUCCGUUCUCUCCAAACCAUCGGCGCCCUCUUCGGAGAGUUCCUAAAAGCUGACGACGCCACCCUCUCCAAAUCUAGACUCAAUUUCGCUCGCAUUUGCGUUGGGAUCAACCUCGAGUCUCCUCCGCCACCAAAAAUCAGGGUUAAAAUUGGAGAAACACAAGUGGUUCUCCAAGUAGAAUAUGAGAAAAUGCCUAAGUAUUGCCACCACUGCUAUCACAUAGGUCACGAUGAGGCCGUCUGUUAUAUUAAAGAUAAAAGCCUCAGACCUGCCAAACUCGGCAAAGGUAAGAACAAAAUCCCACAUCUCGUCAUAAAUAAACUCCCUUCGACUUCAACUUCUCUCAAUCCUGAUACCCCUCUCAUCCCCCCUCCGACCCUUGCUUCAUCUUCCCUCAAUCCUACCCCUCCAAUUUCCUCCCUUCAACCAUCUAGUUCGGGGGCUAAUCUCUCUCCCACCGCCCCUCCGAUCAACCUCUCCCCCUCCAAAGGAAAAUCCAUCUCCCACCCCGAUUCGGGACCAGGCAAUGAGCCUAGCUCACCUAAGCCCGAUCAGGUAUUAGUGGAGACAUGUUCCUCCGAUUAUGAGGACGAUUUCUCUCCCCCCUCUCCAACUCUUUUCAUGCUCUGA